AGCUAUCUGAGUAAUAAUGUUUAUUUUUUAAAUAGCUUUUUAACAUAUUAAAUCCAUUAUUAUCCAGAAAUUUCACAUAUGAAUCUACUCUACGCCAUGUUUGACUUUAAAAUUUUAUUUAAAACUACCGUCACAUAUUUGUGCGUUUCGAACGAGUUGUAUCGUUCUUGAGAAUGUGUUUCAUUUUUUACAUUGUUUAUCUUUGUUUUUAAUAUCCAAUUAUCAAGAAUAAAUGAAUUGCUAUUAUGCGGAUCUUGCGUGAAACGCGAAAUACGCAAAUCCCAUAGUCGCGUUCGUGCCUCCCAACGCAUCGGCCCGGAUUCAUCCAAUAGACCCGCGGGGAGGUUGUUCCCGCACCGCAGUAGCGUGGUAACCCUGCGCCCGGGGAGAUGAAUUAAUUCUCUCUCUCGGCGAGAGAGAAUUCUCGCAGUCAGAUGUUUCGCGCGAUAGCUCGCCGCCGCGCGGUGUCCACGAAUUUCGUGGUUUCGACGACCGGCGGUUGCGUGCUACUGCUACUCCGUUCGCAUUCCAUCACUGACGUGGUACUGAUACGUCAUACGAGCGCUUAUCUCGCCGCCCAGUCCGACGCCCGUCGACAACCUGAGACGUGCGCGCGACCGAGAGUGCGGGCUACUCCUGGCACGCGUCGUCGCCCACGGUUCUCCACGGUCGUCGUUCCACGCGCUACGUAACCCUACCCUCGGUAGGUCACCGCACCGUUUGUCUUGACCCCGGCAAACGUCAUCGCGGGCCGUCUGAGUGAUUCCACGUGGACGCCCACGAUGCAACUCCGGAGUCGCGCGACCCGACGACGUUGAAAGAGAAAAAAAGAGAAUCGACGAGAGAACUCGACGUGCGUGCGACACUCCGGCCUCGGUGUAAACGUUCUUCAAGGAAUCUCAUUAUUCCUUCCUGAACGAAGUAGUAGACGAGGGACUGAUUUUCGAUCGUGUAUACGUUUGCAAUCAACACCGGUGCUACAUGGUAAGGAUGAACAGAAAGACCAACAGUGCGACGGCCAGAUUGAAACAGGACUAUCUGCGCCUCAAGAGGGAUCCAGUGCCGUACGUGCUCGCGGAGCCAGUGCCUUCGAAUAUCCUGGAAUGGCAUUACGUGGUCAUAGGGCCGGAAAAGACGCCGUACGAGGGUGGCUUUUACCACGGAAAACUUAUAUUUCCCGGGGAAUUCCCGUUCCAACCACCUAGCAUUUACAUGACCACCCCAAAUGGCCGAUUUAAAGUCAACACAAGACUGUGUCUCUCCAUCUCCGACUUUCAUCCAGAUACGUGGAAUCCAGCGUGGAGCGUGUCUACCAUUCUCACCGGCCUGCUGAGCUUCAUGAUUGAGAAGAGUCCCACGCUUGGCAGUAUAAAUACAACAGAUUAUGAGAAGAGGCAGCUGGCUGCGCAGAGCUUAGAAUAUAAUCUGAGGGACAAGAUGUUCUGUGAACUUUUUCCUGAAACUGUCGAGACGAUCAGAGCGGAAUUGGAACGUCGGAAGGAACUCGAGAAGCAGGCGAGGCAUCAAUCUGCCGCGUCCGAGGUCUCCUCGUUAAUACGAGACCAGUUCCAGAGGGACCAGAGCCCGUUGCACAGCGCUUUGGCUAAUCUUGUUGUCAUCAUUGGCUUCGCGGCGUUUGCAUACACAGUGAACUAUGUGCUGAAGAGUAUAGCCAUGGAAUAAGUCGGAGUCGAACUGUGUGUAUUUCAAGCUACAUCGAGUGAAAAGGAGAGAGAAAGAUAAAGCCGUGAUAAUUUUGCAUCCUGAAAAAAAUGGGAAUUACGAGGAAGAUCUAAGCUCCUGUUAUAUUUGCCUAUCGAUCUUUCGAGUUAGUGCAGUGACGAGCGCCAUUUCGGUUCCACGCGGCUCGGAACCUUCGCCAGUAAACUGUGGAUAGUUUAAUAGAUUUUUAUAUCGAGGAUCGGUUGUAAGAUACAAGCUGUAUUAUACUCGCAAAUUCUCUACGCGCUCUAACCGUACGAAGAGAAGAAUCUCUCUAUUCGUACGUGAUACAAUGUACGCAAGGCGAAACAAUGUAUAAUCGCAGUGGCUUCCCCUCGGCUUGUUUAUGUCGGAUUUGCUCUUUUUCUGAUUGUGAUUUGUAACUGGGGGAAAUCAAGUAUCUUCUUUGCGGUGCUGACAACAUCCUUCCGUUCGUUUUUACGCUUUUACGAUUGUAUAUAUUCAAAUCCGGAGAAGUUUGUGUACUACGGUACAUAUUUGUCCGUUCCAUUUACAGCGAAUCUCUCGGAUAGAAAUGCACAAAUUUAUUGCACUUCGCAAUGUGCCAAUUAAACCAAAUUGAAAAAUGAAACGUAAUUUCGGCAAGUCAGCUAAUGCUUUGCAGCCUGUGACUCAUACCGUUAAUGAGAUGAGCCCGUAAUUUUGUAAAUAUAUUAUAAAGACGGAGGUGAUAGAGAUGGUAGACGUCUUUACGCCACUACAUAAAAGCGGAUGUAACUAUAUUCAUUGCGUCAUCAAACAUUAUCUCGACUUCCCCUUAAAAAUUUAGCGAUGUUUUUUGUUUGUGCUAAUUAAGAUGGUUCGUAUAGUAUUGGUUUUUUGUUAAUUUCUUCCAUUCGAAUUGACAUUUUUCCUCAAUUGACUCGAAAAAAAUACAUUAAUUCAAGUAAAUUUCUGCUCUUCCAUGACUAUAAUAUUGAACGAAAAGUAAUAAUUUUGUGUAGUUCCUACAAAAAGUAAACUAUAAUUUGAACAUAUUGAAAAUUGAAAGUAGAAAAAAUAUAAUUAUUUGCUUUUUUACGAUAUAUCAAUAAUCUCUACCAACAAUUUUUUCGUCGAAUGGUGGGACAAUUGUUUAAUAUAAUGUUACUUUUUAUCAGAAUUUACUUCACUAUUGUAUCAUAAUCGAUUACUGAAUUUCUACGGGUGAAUUUUUUAUUUUAAUGCGUAUUUCUUCAAAAGUGUUAUAAGGCAAUUUCACAGUUAUGCUUAUGCAUAUUCUAUUCUGUCCUUAUAUGUAUAAACAUAUAUACGUAAUUAUUAAAUAAUUACGGCGAAGUAAUGUAAAUACAUGUUAUUAUUAUUACUGUAAACGUGUGGAAUAUAGUUUACAUAUCUAAGAAA